UACACACACACCAUCUGCUACUCACACACAUUAUUCUUGUCAAACUCACAGACUGAGUGACAGAGAUAAUCACAUUCUGCCCUCAGAUUCCUACAUUUUGCACUNGCAUAUAUGCAAUUUUUGAGGGAGGUAAUUGUUGAUUAGAGGCUUGAAACAUGAAAUGUGGUUCGAUUUCGAAGUGGGUUUUUUGUUUUUUCAUUGUGGUGGUGUUUUUUGGUUGUGAGCUUGUGAAGUGUAGUGUGACUUAUGAUAAAAGGGCCUUAAUUAUCAAUGGGCAAAGAAGGAUUCUCUUUUCUGGCUCCAUACAUUACCCCAGAAGCACACCUGAGAUGUGGGAAGAUCUGAUAAAUAAGGCUAAGGAUGGAGGGGUUGAUGUGAUUGAAACUUAUGUAUUCUGGAAUGUUCAUGAGCCUUCUCCUGGCAAGUAUGAUUUUGAAGGCAGAUAUGAUCUGGUGAGGUUUGUGAAGACCAUACAGAAAGCAGGGUUAUAUGCUCAUCUCCGAAUUGGGCCCUAUGUAUGUGCAGAGUGGAAUUUUGGGGGAUUUCCAGUUUGGCUGAAGUAUGUACCAGGGAUUAGCUUUAGGACGGAUAAUGAACCAUUCAAGAUGGCUAUGAAAGGGUUCACGGAGAAAAUUGUGAACUUGAUGAAGAGUGAAAAUCUGUAUGAUUCUCAGGGUGGCCCCAUUAUACUCUCCCAGAUUGAAAAUGAGUAUGGUCCACUAGGGAAGCAAUAUGGUGCCUCUGGACAGAAGUAUUUGAAUUGGGCAGCAGAUAUGGCCGUUAAAUUAGAUACGGGAGUUCCUUGGGUGAUGUGUAAGGAAGAUGAUGCUCCUGAUCCAGUGAUUAACUCAUGCAACGGUUUUUACUGUGAUGCUUUCACCCCGAACAAACCUUACAAACCCAUGAUUUGGACCGAGGCUUGGACUGGCUGGUUUACAGAUUUUGGUGAUCCAAUCCAUCAGAGACCGGUAGAGGAUUUGGCCUUUGCUGUAGCUAAAUUCAUACAAAAUGGGGGCUCAUUUGUUAACUACUACAUGUAUCAUGGAGGCACAAAUUUCGGUCGUUCGGCUGGAGGACCUUUUGUUACCACGAGCUAUGAUUAUGAUGCUCCACUUGAUGAAUAUGGUUUUCUCAGACAGCCUAAACAUGGUCACCUAAAAGAGCUGCACAAAGCAGUUAAACUCUGUGAGAAAGCUCUGGUUUCAGCAGACCCCACAGUGAAUUCAUUAGGAAGCCUUCAGCAGGCUCAUGUAUAUUCCUCAAAAUCAGGAGAUUGUGCGGCCUUUCUUGCGAAUUAUGACAGUAACUCUGCAGCUAAAGUCUUGUUCAAUAACGAACAUUAUAGCCUGCCUCCUUGGUCAAUCAGCAUUCUCCCGGAUUGCCAGAAUGUAGUCUUCAAUACAGCCAAAGUUGGAGUCCAAACAUCACGUUCGGACAUGUUACCUACAAAUACUGAAAUACUCUCAUGGGAAACAUAUAAUGAGGAUCUGUCUUCAUAUGACGACCACUCGGCAUUUUCAGCACUUGGUCUUUUGGAACAGAUCAAUGUCACUAGAGACACUAGCGAUUAUCUGUGGUACACUACGAGUGUUGAUAUUGAUUCAUCAGAGAGAUUCUUGCAUGGCGGAGAUUAUCCAACCCUUAUUGUGCAGUCUGCCGGUCAUGCUCUGCAUGUUUUCGUGAAUGGAGAGCUUUCUGGUUCUGCAUUUGGGACACGGGAGCAUAGGAGAGUUAUGUUCAAAGAUAAAGUCAACCUACGUGCUGGAUCGAACACGAUCUCACUACUGAGCGUGGCUGUUGGGCUGCCGAACGUCGGGGGACAUUUUGAGACAUGGAACACUGGGAUUCUGGGCCCUGUUGCAUUGCGUGGGCUCGACAAAGGAAAAUUGGAUUUGACUUGGGCAAAAUGGACAUACCAGGUCGGGCUCAAAGGAGAAGCCAUGAAUCUCAUCUCCCCAGAUGGUGUUUCUUCAGUCGACUGGAUGAAAACUUCACUAAUUGCACAAAACAAGCAGCCUUUAGCGUGGCACAAGGCUUAUUUUGAUGAACCGGAUGGUAAUGAGCCGUUGGCUCUGGACAUGAGUAGCAUGGGGAAAGGUCAACUGUGGGUCAACGGUCAAAGCCUCGGACGAUAUUGGACUAUUUAUGCUGCUGUUACACGGGCAUUUUCAAGCCGACCAAGUGUCAAAUUGGGUGUGGACAAUCAACUCAGAGAUGAACUCGGUGGAGACCCCACGAAAAUCAAUCUCGUCAAGAGAUCAGUCACAAGCGUCUGUGCAGAUAUCUCCGAAUAUCAUCCAAAUUUCAAGAACUGGAAAACUGAAGGCUACGGCAAAACAACACAAGACUUUCACAGACCUAAAGUAAGGCUUCAUUGUGGGCCCGGACAAUCGAUUUCGUCGAUCAAGUUUGCUAGUUUUGGUACUCCAUCAGGAACAUGUGGGAGCUUUCAGCAAGGAACUUGCCAUGCUCCUGAUUCGCAUUCUAUCCUAGAGAAGAAGUGCAUUGGGCUACAGAGAUGCUCGGUAGCUAUUUCAAACACUAAUUUCAGAAAAGAUCCUUGCCCUAACGUGCUAAAACGGCUAUCAGUUGAAGCCAUUUGUGCCCCUUCUAAUCAACAUGCACAAUUGUAUGCAAAGGAAGAUGGCAAAAAAUGAAUAUUGUACGAUUUGCAUAGGAAUCUAUAAGUAUAAGCAUGCAUUUUUUUUUUUUUU